UAUAAUGACCUAUAGUAUUAUAUUUACGUUCAGUGUGAAACGUUCCAGUGAGUCACAAUAAUACUAUUCAAAACAAUAUUUGUUUUUCAACUUUUUAUGGUGAUAUAUCAUUUAUUUUUAAAGUAAUUACUAUGGAGGUUUUGAAAAUUAUUCUUGUGUUACUAAUUAGCAGUUCAUCACAAUAUUUUGUUACCAGUCAUUCAUAUCAUUUUGGGCAAUGUCCAACUCUUGAACCAGUAUCUGAUUUUUCAAUGAAUAAGAUCUUAGGAAAAUGGUACGCAAUACAAAAAACAUCAACAUCGAGUCGGUGUGUGGAAUACAAUUUUGAAAAAACAGAGGAGCCUAAUACUUACAAAUUGGAUCAAGUUAGUGAAAAUUCACUAAUUAACGUAGCUAAAUCCAACAAUUACCAUUACGUUGGGACUUUAAAGACUGAUCCUAAUAUGCCAUCUAGAAUGAUAGUGAAUUUUCCAUUGAGUGUUGCUGGUAAAUCAUCAUUUGUUGUAUUUUCUACGGAUUAUGAAAAUUAUAUGGGUAUAUUCUCUUGUCAAAAAAUACCUCUCGGUAAUAGACAUUCGGUGACAAUUUUAUCUAGAACUAGAACUUUGGAUAAACAAUAUGUGGAUAAGGUGCGUAAUCGCAUAUCAUCAAGCAACGUAAAUCCAUUUGAUCUGACCAUCGUAGAUCAGAACAACUGUUCGAAUCUUAACGCAACGAUGCGUGUUGAAAUAAAUGGCAAUACUUUCAGCUCGCAGAACAUAGGCGAAACUGUGCGUAAAGUAGGUUCGAAAAUUGGUGAUGGCGUCGAGUACGUGAUUGAAGGAGGCAAAAAACUAUACAAAAUGGCGAGUUCGGAGAAAAGAGGUGUCCCCGAAAAUGAUGCAGAGUGGAUGCCUUAAAUUUAUAUAAUACAUACAUUAUAAAAUAGUUAAUAUUACUCGGAAAUUUAUACAUGUAUGUAAAAAUACAUUU